CUUGCUUCGUCACUGAGCAUUUAAGUUGUUUUACAAGAGCAUUCACUGACUGCCUAAAUUACGGACGUUUGGAUUUAAGCAACACUGUAACCAUUUUCGAAGUGAUAAUGCUGGCCGGAAAGAUAGGUUUGGUGAUUCUUCUUGGCGUCGCUGUUACACAAGUACUGACACAGAAUUGUGAUGCUAAUGCUGUCAUGGAGAGGUAUCAGUCGUGCACCACAAUUCCAAUCGGGAUAUCUCAAACCACGACAUCCGCCAUGAUCAACGCUUUGUGCCAAAAUGUUGAAUGUACCAUACAGUGCGUGGCAGACGCCGUGGGAACCUGCUACAAAACCGAUGCCUUUUUUAAUUAUGACCCCGUAAUGUUUAAAGUGGCAUCUCGACUGAUGUGCAAACAGUCGCAAGCAAUGCUGGAUAUUUUACAGCACUGUUCGAAACAAAUGUUCAUCGACAACACCUGCUUCACCACGUUUGCGAGUUCAUUGCUGUCAGCAGUUGGACACUUCACGAGCGGGAACUAUGCUAGCUACAAGAGCGCAAUGUGCAGUGCAACCAAUGCCUUCGUGGCAUGCCUUGGAAACGCCCCAUUCGGGACGUCAGGGACAUGUACUGCUGACAUGGCGGCAUUCGCCACGGGAGCCUUCGUUGUUUCCUACAGCUACUCCGAAUGCGGUAGUGCCCAGACACACCAGUACUUCACUACUUACGCCGGUGACGUCACUUGUGGUGCAAGUCGAUUUGCCAUGACAAUUGCAUACGCAAUAUCCGCUUUAAUUCUAGUGAUUUGAAAAAUACUUUAUUUGUUUACUUAACUAUUAAUACCAUGGCAAGGAUUUAAAUGUUAAAUUGACAUAUUGUAUACAUGUUUUUAUUAAACAUAAGUAUUUCGUCUUA